AUGUGUGUCUCCGGAAUAGUGGAAGUCAACGCUGCGACACCUAAGAACCUGGUUUUCGACUAUGAGCUCCCAAAGAACCAAUCGCAGGCCGCUGAGUGGACUGUGGAUGGACUUACUGCAAGCUCUGGCCUUCCGGAUUCAGUCAUCACGGGUACGCAGAAUGUUGAAGGCACGUUUGAUAUCGGUGCAACUCUGUGUCUUCCAAAUAACAACACAAAGCCAUCGACCGUCCAGAUCCUGACGCAUGGUUUUGGUUUCGAUCGCUACUACUGGGUGAGAAGGCUCCACCCUGACUUUGCUCCAGGAUAUAGCUGGGUGGAUAUUGCCGCCCAGCACGGCUUUGCAACCCUCUACUAUGACCGCCUCGGCGUCGGCGAGUCAGAUACACCAGAUGCUCUCAACAUCGUGCAAGCACCGCUUGAAGUUGAAAUCGCCCAUCACCUCAUCUCAAUGCUCAAAUCCGGAUACUUCGGCCUCGAAUUCUCCAAAGUCGUAGGCGUUGGCCACUCGUUCGGCAGUGGUAUCACGCAGGGCGUCACAACACAAUACCCACAAGACCUCAACGCCGCAAUCUUAACCGGCUUCUCCCUAAACACAACAGGCCGAAACUCCUUCCUCGCGGCCCUCAAUCUCGAAAUAGCCUCACUCAACGCCCCUUACCGCUUCGCUUCAACUCCCCCCGGGUACCUCGUCUCUUCCACCAUAGUAUCCCAACAAAUCGCCUUCUUCAAAUCCCCCGGCUUCGACCCGGCCAUCCUCCAUUCCGUCGAAUCUUCAAAAGCUACCGGCACGAUCGGAGAAUUUUUCAGUUUGGGCGUCGUCGUUGCGCCCGCGACUGAAUUCGAGGGGCCGGUGGCUGUGAUCAAUGGUGUCAAUGAUUUACCUUUUUGCGCGGGGGAUUGUAGGUAUCCUGUGGAUCUGGCGGAGGCGGUACUGCCUGUGCUUUAUCCGGCGGCGAAAAAUAAGGAUACGUAUCUUGCUCCCAAUGCGGGUCAUGGGUUGAAUCAACAUUAUACUGCGGGUAGGGCUUUUGUGUUUGCGCAGGAGUUUUUGGAGAAAGUGUUGUAG